GCUCCCAGACGGAGGCUGCAGCAGUGUAAGCGGCAGGCGCGGGAUUCCAACGUUCCUUCCGGUGCGGGGCCGAGGGCAGCAGCUGUUUGUGGUUUUCCAAAUCCUCGCGUUCUCCUGGGAGAAGAAGGAGGAGCUUCCGGGGUCACCAGUCUGGGCCAACUUGAGGGCAGUUAACAACAGCAACAAAGGAGUUGUAAACAUGUUUACGUGGAAACAAAUCCUGCCAUCUUAACUUGCUAUGAGUAAUCCAAAGAUAAAGGGGAAUAAAGUCUGCGAAGUCAAGUUUGUAGCAGAUGAAGAUGUUCUGAAGCACAUUUCUGAGGAUACAGGUCUUAAGGUUCGGAAGAACAAAGCUCUGCCAGCACUUGAUAUAAAAAAAUGGGUGAAAAAAACAGAGAACAUCUCAGAAGAUGAAGCUCAAGAUACUUUUGAAGAGCAGGAUUAUGUGUCUGCCCUAGGGGUAGACGUUCAAGGAUCUUUGAAAAAUGGCUCCAGUGCAGGUGGUAGUGAUGUCUUUCCGUUCCAAACUCCAAAACGCUCUAAUAAGAUGGCAGAGACAGCCUCUGAGCUAGCUCAUCAGCCUGGAAGAAAUGUAAUAAAUGACAGUUGGACGAAGCCUGAGAAGGAAGCAAGCAGCAAGAAAUGUUUUGCGUCAGGCAAGGACCAGGAAGAGCAGAGCAGAAAGAACAAGUGUGUAUCAAAAACACCUUACAGACUCAGGAAGAGAAUUACAGGGUUGAACAUGUGCUCUGAUAGUGAAAGUGAUUAUUCUGCUUCAUGUUCUGAUGAAGAGGAGGAAGAUAGCUGUAGCAAAGCUGGUGAUGCAGCUUUUUGUCCAGCCACACCUCAAACAACUUCUGCUCUCCCUAAUGAAGAAACACCAGCUAAGAAACUUAAGCAAAACAUUCCUAGCAAUUCGGUAGAAGAAUAUUUUGAAGCACACAGCAGUUCCAAAGUUUUAACCUCUGAUCGAACACUUCAGAAGCUGGAGAAGAAAAAACUGGAUCAGGAGUCCCUGCGAAACCUCUUAAACAAAGUACCUGUCGCUUUUGCUGCUGAACGUGAAGUAUUAACUAAGCAACAUGAAACACUCUUUUAUAAGUGGAUGUUGCAAUUGCACUUGGGAUUCAAUAUUGUGCUAUAUGGAUUAGGCUCAAAGAAAGAUCUUUUAGAGAAUUUCCGCAUCGCUCUUCUUCAGAACUCUGUUCAUAUUGUUGUGAAUGGAUUCUUUCCCAGCAUUACUGUAAAAUCGAUUCUGAAUUCCAUUACAGAGGAGGUGCUGGAUUACAUGGGUUCUUUUCGCAGCCCUCAGGAUCAGUUGGAUUUAAUCAUGAAAAGAUUUAAAGAAGAUCCUUCUUUGGAGCUAUAUUUGCUUAUUCAUAACCUGGACAGCCAAAUGCUGAGAGGAGAUAAAAGCCAACAAAUCUUAGCACAGUUGUCAUCUCUUCCCAAUGUCUACUUCAUCGCCUCCAUUGAUCAUAUUAAUGCACCACUCAUGUGGGAUCAGGCGAAACAAAGCAUGUAUAAUUGGUUGUGGUAUGAAACAACUACUUACAGCCCUUACAUAGAAGAAACAUCAUUUGAGAACUCCCUGUUGAUAAAACAGUCUGGGUCUUUGGUUUUGAGCUCUCUCACACAUGUUUUGCAUAGCCUCACUCCUAAUGCAAGCCUUCCCCAACAUGGUGUCCUCCAUACAUUAUGGACUACAGCUCCCAGCAUUCCUGACCUUUGGACAUACUGGUUGGGGCUUAUGGAAACAAAAACACCUGAAAAUACCAGAUUGUUUCAAAAUGCUAUGAAUCAUGUGUAAUAUACUUCUUUGCUGAUUAUAUUGUCAUUUCCUUUCUUUUCUCUGCAAGGAGUUGUUUAAACAUAUGCAAUAUUUUCCAGGAUGUGUAUGCCCACAUGUUAAUUUUGCAUGUGUGUAUAUGAACCUUCAAGUCACCUGUUGACUUAUGGUGACCCCAUGACUUUCAAGGAAUCCUCAGAGGUAGUCUUGCCAGUUCCUGCCUCCCAAAUACAGCCUACAGCAACUGGUAUUCAUUGUCAGUCUUCCAUCCAAGUACUAACCAAAGCUGCCCUUGCUUAGCUUCCAAGAUCAGAUGGUAUCUGGUACCUUUAAUGUCUUUAGGCCUAAUUUAGCAUAGCUAUGUGAAAAUAAUGGUUUCUACAGAGAAGUGGAUUUUUUUUAGAAAAGAUGAUACUGGAUAAAGGACAGAGUUUUCUUUGUGUCAUGAAUCAAUUUCAAGCCUUCUAUGAGAGGGUAUCAUAAAGUUUUACUUAUCACUUUUAAAAAAAAUUGACAAAGUUACUUUUGAUUUGUAGUUGUUAAUUUUUCUCUACAUAGUCACCAACCAGAUUUGCACAUUUUUCACAGCAUUUCUUGACCCUCCAAAUACCGUUAUUGUAAGGCAGAUUGUGCCUUAAACCACUCUUCCACUUCAUGAAUGAUAUGAUUUGUGUUGUCAAAUCGGUGACCCCGCAACAGAUUUUUCAUUUCUGGGAACAAGAAAAAGUCACUUGGUGUGAGGUCGGGAGAGUAAGGCGGAUGCUGUAAAAUCUCAAAGACACAUGCCCUUGCUUUAUUAACUCGAACUUGAGAUAAGUGAGCUGGUGCACUGUUGGGUAAGAGACGAAUGCCUCUGGAGAGCAUACCGUGACAUUUCUUUUUCAGAACAUCUUGCAACUUGUCCAGAAGAUUGCUGUAGUAUGUGCCAGUGAUGGUUUGUCCCUUUGCAAUGUAAUCUGUGAGAAUGACUCCAUGACAGUCCCAAAAAAAUGAGAGCAUGAAAUUCCCUGCUGAUCUUUGCACCUUUGCCAUUUUGGGGGGGAGGGGAAUCAACUUGCUUCCACUCCACUCCAUGCCCAUGAUUUUGGUCUCUGGAUCAUACUGAUGGGUCCAAGAUUCAUCCUUGGUUACCAGAUGACCAAAAAAAUCCUGUUCAUCCUGUACCAACAGCAUCAACAUCUGACUUGAAAGGUCACGCCGUGUUUAGUUUCUGGAAAGGGGUUAGCAAACGUGGAACCCAGUGUACAGACACUUUAGACAUGCAGUUCGUUAUGAAUAAUUUCCCACAUACCACUAUAACUGAGACCAGUUUCAGUCAUGAUCAUUUGGAUGGCUGCUUGUUUGUCUUCCAGGAUUAAACACUCAGUUUUCUUCACUUUGGAUGCAUUGUCCGUCAGUGAUGAUCUUCCAGUCUUGGCUCAUCUGUGAGAGACAUGUGACCAGUUUGGAAAUUCCUUUUCCACCUCAAAAUAGUGUCAUAAGAUGGGCAAUCAUUUCCAUAUACCACCAUAAUCUCAUCAUGAAUUUGCUGGUCACUAUUUAUCAUGCUGCGAGCCUCAAUCCUCUCCAUCUUACACUUUAGUCGCUUCUGGCACAAAAAUAAAUGAGCUGAUUUUCUCAACAUCAUGCAAUUAGGGAUCAAUUAUGACAAAAUUUCAUUAAUAUUCCAUAGCAACUUAUGGAUGAUAAUUAUUACUUUACGAUACUCCUUCAUACUUUUUGAAUUCACAUUUUGUUGUUUCAUGAAAAUAACUUUCUGGUCUUCUUUAAAUACAUUUGGUUCCCUUUCU